AACCCAAAAAAAAAUCAUUUCCGCGCCCACCAAAAAAUUAAAAAAAAAUCACUCAAUCACUCAACCAAACACCAUUCUCUCCGUCCCCAAAAAAUCAAAUACAGAAAGAAAAAAAACCACUCUCAGUACGACACCGUUUCGCAUCUCGCCGGCAACAAUGGACGACGAAGAAGAACAACAAAAGCUUCCAGAUCUAGUAAAAGCUCUCGUCCACCAUCUACUUUCUCAAAACCUUCCCCCAAAUUCCCCACCCUUAAACCCUACCUCCUCUCACUUCCAAAACUCCCUCCGUUACGCCCACCUUAUUCUCUCCAGCCACCUCACUCCCUCCGUAACCCCCGAUGCCGCCGCCAUCGCCGAAUCCAUCAAACGCCGUCUCGCCACCGAAGGUAGAUCCUCUGAAGCCUUAUCAUUCGCUGACCUAUAUACCAAAUUCGUUUCCAAAGCCGCCGAUGUUGAUAACAAGUUGGCCCUACUUCAUCUCUUCAAUAUCAUUUCUCAAGAUCGUAAAACCGCCGUUAAAUCUCAACUCGAUGCUUCCGUUUUUCUUCCGAAUUUAACUAUCUCCGAUAACAACGUUGGUCCACGCCGUAUUGAAAAUAAGGGAUGGAGCGACGGUGUUGUUGUUCUUGCUAAGGAUCCUAAUAAUCGCCGCGACAUUGCGUUUCAUGAGUAUGUGAAAUUGGUUAAGGAAGAAAACGAUGUGACGGAAGAGGCUAUGGUGACUGAUGUGCUUUAUGCUUGUCAAGGAGUUGAUGAGAGCUAUCAUUCCUGUUGAAGAUCAAAAGCCAUUCCUUCAUUCUGCUUAUCAGAAUCACUCCAAGGGCUUUCACAUAGACAUCAACAUGCUUCCCAAGCCAUUAACGUCAAUUGAUGAUUCGUCUUCUGCAAGUGAUGGAUCAAAGGUGCGCGUGGCUUAUCAGGGAGUGCCGGGAGCAUACAGUGAGGAUGCAGCUUUGAAAGCGUAUCCAAAUUGUGAGACUGUGCCAUGUGACGAUUACGAAGCUGCAUUUAAGGCAGUUGAACUGUGGUUGGUUGAUAAAGCGGUUUUACCAAUUGAAAAUUCUGCGGAUGGAAGCAUCCAUCGCAAUUAUGACUUACUUCUUCAACAUAAGUUGAAUAUUGUCGGAGAGGUGCAGCUGCGUGCUAACCACUGUCUCUUAGGAUUGCCCGGUGUGACAAUGGAGGAACUCGUCAGUGUUGUGAGUCAUCCUCAGGCUCUUGCUCAAUGUAGGACGGUGCUGAACGAUUUAGGUGUUGAUAAAGUUCGUGACCAGGAUACUGCCGUUGCUGCUAAGACAGUGGCCAUAAAUUGUGUAAGACACACCGGAGCCAUUGCAAGUUCCCGAGCUGCAGAAAUAUACGGCCUGGACAUUCUUGCUGAAGGAUUCAAAAUCAGAAACAAUUUGCUUUCAGUUAACACGAACAAACAUCUCAGUUACGGCAUGCUGUAUACGUGGAGGAUUAUGAAGAAGCUUCUAGGCUUCAGGUGGCGAUUGCAGCUGCAUCUAACAAUGACAGUGUUGGAAAAGUGAUAUCUCUUCUCAAAAGAGCCAUAAAAGAAGAGCGGUACCAUGAUGCAGCUUUUUUAAGAGAUAAAGCUGGUGCUGGACUUGUGAGUUCUUAUGGAAUUUAUUUAAUGGCAACUUGCAUGAAUGUCUUUGAAUUGUGGUGGAAUUAGAAUGUCAGAUGCAAUGUCAUAGGGCGGCCCCAGUAAUACAUAUUGGUGCUGAAAUUGCUAUUACCCGGGUUGAUAAUUUGUUUUUGACAUCAAGACAACACUUUCCUCACCACUUCACUUAUGAAACCAAUAACUAAAUUGAGCUACACCAAAAUCAGUUCUUGAGCUUAUGGAUGUAAAGGAUCUAACUCUAUCACAUGUUAAAUCUCAUUUGCAGCUACUAGCUAGUGGAAGAAAAGCUAGUAAAAAACAGGAUUAUGAUAUUAACAGGGAAGCUUGGUUGCAUGGUAAGCCAGUAGACUCAGUUGGAAACUUGCCUUGUAUUGAGGUUUGUGAAUAUUACUCAAUGCCUCCUUUAUUUUUCAAGUAUUAUCUUUAGACAAUGAUGUUUUUAAUAUGGAUGUCAAAAAAAUGAUAAGAAUUCACCAUUGAGUUUUUUAUAGCAAGGUCUAUACCUACUUGAAACACUGGUUUAUUUGAUUACUUUUUCAUCCAAUCAUGGAAAUUAUACAGAGAGAAAAAGGAAAUAAUUUUCAAAAGCUUGCUGCUUUGUCCUUCACAUAUUCAAAUUCACAUAUUCAGAUUGGUGGACCAACGUACCUUUUUUACAUUUGCUAAUUACAAGGCUAAAAAAACUAAUUUUGAUGGAAAAAGUACAAAGCUUUAAUGAAUGAUGGCCUACUUCAAAAGAUACAAGAAAUCUAAACCUAUAAGCAUUUUUGACUUAGUGUAAUUAAAAUGUAACCAAGAAUUUAUGCAUGCUAGACCAUCUUUUUUUUUUUCAUAUGUAGUGUCCUCAACAACGUAAUCAAAUAGACAGCGCUUUUAAGAUUUAAAAAAGCGCUGUCUAAACCUUUAGCAGCGGAGGUUUAGACAGCGCUUUAAAGCGCUGUCUAAGGCUAAAAAAAGCGCUGUCUAAGGCUAAAAAAAGCGCUGUCUAAGGUCUUGUUUGUUGUAGUGCCUGUUUCCUCUGCAUAUUUCCCUUAUUCCCCGGCCGAGUCCUUCCAUUGAUUUAUUUUUGUGGAAGUUCCCUUGUGUCUCCAACAGUUUUUAAGUCGUAGACUGGCCUAUGCAUAACCGUUUAUCCCCAGAGUCUCUGUCUCCCCAGUGAGUUUUUCCUUACGGAAUGCAUUAUGCUCCUACGGACUUUCGGUUUCUUCAGAUUCUUUUCCUUUUUCGCAAUGUUUUCCCCACAGAGAUUCGUUUUAACAUUCAUAUCAUAUGCAUCACGAGGUCUCUUAUGGACCAAAAUUUGUUUCUAUAUGUUGUUAUUUAAGUCCAUUCUACUGAGUCGAUACGAAUAUUUUAACCUUCACCUCCUCAGUUAGAAUGUCCUUAAAUAGGGGCAGUUGUAAGACCCCAAUUUUGACCCUAAGACCCCUCAUGCUAUUUCAUCAUUUGCAUUAGCUUUGAGAUCACACCUUGGCGUCCUCCUUACCCCUCUUUCAUUGGGUUUGCAUUGGGAGAGGUCACCAAGCACUUUUGAUUGUAUCAUACUUUGUUUUUCAUUAUUUACUAACCAAAAUACCAAAAAUAUGUCAAUAUAUAGUUUGUUGCUUUUGUAGGUAGUGUGUAUGCUCACAUAUGGUCUAUCAAGCUCAUAUCUAGGGUUUGAGACCCUCAAUGCAAGGAGUUCAAUCAAUAAAUGGUUCACAUUGUCUCUAAUCAUCAUAUAUGGAUCCCCAUGAUAUUCACAUCUCAUUUUGAUCAAGAAAUCAUCAAGUGUUUGGAGUUUGUUUGCCUUGGAAACCCUAAUUCGUUUGGGUAUCUUGUGUGACUUCUUCAACAAGUUUCUUCAUUAAUUGAUAAAAUAUUUCAAGGGAUACUUCAUAUUACACCAUCCUACACAUAUAUGAUCCUCCAUGAGUCCCAAAAGUCAAGAAAAUGUCAAGCUAGUAAGACGGUUCAUGGUGGUUGACCAGAGAAAGUCAACUAGUCAAAACUGGGGUUCCCUAGACCCUAUCUCCUACAAUUUUUGUCAUAUGAAAAUGAUUGCAAGAUAAAAGUUACUCUAAAUGAUAUUCCAAACAACUUUCAAGUUAAAGAAAAGAUCUAGUUUUGCUUGGAAAGUCAUUUUUUAUGGUGAAAGAUUAUAGGUCAUUUUGUCUGAACUCUAGUUUGGAGGUCAACUUCCCAAGACCAUAACUAGCUCAAUUCUUAUGAGAUGAAAUCCAUUCAAAUUCCAUGAUCAAAUUCAAGGUGUCUAAUUCAACUUUUAUGUUUGGAGUAAGCUCAAAUUCAACUUGAAAAUGCAUGUGCCAAGAAGAAACGUUAUAGGUCAUUUUGGGCCAAUACCAUUGAACAAGUGAUUUUCCUCAACUUCUAAAAUGCAUAACUCCUCCAUGCCAAAUACAAAUGAGGUCAAGUUUGUGACAAAAUAGAAGAGGUUUGAAAUAUCUAUAACUUUGAUGAAAGAACUUAUUUCAUUUUAAGUCCAUAGAAAACAUUAUCCAAGGUGGAAGAAGUGAACAUUUGACUUGGGACUUAGAAAAUUUUCAAAUAUGUUCGAUUUCCCAAACUUCCACCUCAAACUUAAUCAUUAUCCAAGAUUCAAAUGGAAACGUGUUCAACAUGAAAGUUAUUCCCCUUGAUCUCACGUUUCCAAAAACUCCAAGAUCGUCGCCUUUGGAUCAAAAUUGAGGGACUUGCACAUGGCUCUAUUGUGGGAAGUGUUUUGGCAAGUUUUGGAUUCAAGUUAUCAUUCUUCUUUGCAUGGUUCAUUGUAAUGACUUCAACAUCAAUUGCACACGAAUUGGAGAUGGAUUGCAUCAUCCCUUAGGCCCAAAUCAUUGCACAUGCAUCCAUGCAAGAUGGUUUCCAAAUUUGGCAAAAGUUCAAGUGGUGCAAAAAUCAAUUUCAUUGCCUAUUUAAACAAGCUAAUGGCUUCAGAAUUAACAUCAACACCUUGCCCAAGCUUUGCUAUACUGAUCCAAACCCUCACUGCCAGAGAAUUUAUGAAGCUUUCUCUUGAAAUCAAUAUUUAACUUCAUCUUCUGUUUGGAAGUUCAAACUCCGGAAAUUCACUUCCCUUUUCAUCUCAAUUGGCUUCUGCAAGCAAGAGGAAGAGGAAGCAAACAAAUCCAGAUCAAGAUUAAGUGAAAUUGGAUCAACUCGAAGGUGAUUUUUCAUAAACUUCAUCUCUUUGAUUCUCUCUCAAUUCUUCACCAUUCUUUGUCAUUUUUGGUUGUCUGAAGUCCUAUCAAUGUAGGUAAGAAGAUUGAGUUAAUUUGAGGUUAAAUCGAAGAAACUCAGUUCAUGAUGCUCAAAAUUCAAAUCCAUGUAUCUUUUUAUAUACUUGAAAUUGGAGAAAAUUGAGGCCAGAUUCGAGCUCCUGAGCAUUUUUACUUUAAAUCUAUGUCUUUGUGAUUUCAUUUUGGUAUUGGUUGAUGGUGGACCAAUCCGGUGAGGUCCACCGGAGUAGAAGACCGGAACCCUAGCUCUGGUGUGUGUUGUCACACCUCUCAGCCACAAGAUCCAUUCAAAUUAUUUUAAUCUUAGCCCUUAGUGCUGAUUACCCCGCGUACAACAUAUUUGACUUGGUGCAUGGUGGAACGCGCGCGUCUGGCCAUUUGAUCCGCCACCUUAAUUAAUGAGGGAGAUCUGAUGACCCUUGUUUUUUUAUUUAUAUUUUAUUUUUUUGAUUUUUCAUUUAAUCCACUUAUUUUGAUUAAUUCAUAUUAAUUUCAUUUUUAAUCCAAAAAAUAUGGGACUUUCACCAAAAAAAAUUAAAUAUUUUCCUCUUUCAUUUUCUGAAUUAAAACUAUUUUUUGGAUUAGUUUUGAUAUUUUUCAUGAAUUAAUGGUUUUUGUGCAUAUUUUUAAUUGUUUAAAAAUACUUCUGGCUUUUCAAAAAUCAUGAAUUUUUUUAUCUAAGAUCCUUUGACCUUGUUUGACCUAGGAUAAAUCUCUUGGCCAUUUAUUUGGUGUUUUGAAGUGGUUUUAGGUUUUGACCAAACUAAUUUUAACUUAAAUGCAUUUAUAAUUUGAUUUUUAAUUGAUUAAUUGUAUAGAAAUUAUGUUGAGCCUUUUUUAUUAACUUGUGAUGUUUGACUAUGUGUUUGGGCCUUGGUCAAAGUUGAUUUGACUUUUGUUAAGUUAAAAUCAUUGGAUUUAGGGGAUUGAUGAAAUGUAUAUUUCAUCUACCAAAAUGAAUGAAUGAUUUUAAUUUGAUAAAAUUCCUCCCAUGACCAAUUUGUGUUUCUCUCACCUCCCUUCCCUCUUCAUCUUCAAUCCUAUUCUCUCCCAUCCUUUUCAUUGACCAAUGAAAUCUAAUAUCCUAAGGCUAAUUGGUUCAUCAAUAACAUUGUGUUAGAUGAACCAAUACAAGUAUUGAUGAGAUAUGUCUAUCCUUUGAUUUUUUUCUUUUUGUGUGUGGUAUGUUUUAGGAGUUUGGUUCAUUAUACCAUAUCUCUAACAUGCAUUAACACCAAAAAAAUUAUUGCCCGACCUCAGAUAGUUGUGACUUCUACAUAAGUCCAAUUAUGAUUGCUUAACAUAAAGCUAAAUUUGACCCUAAAGGCAUAAAAUUUUAGUAAUUGAGAUUGUAAAUCUCCCCCCUUUCAUGGUAUUGUGUGGAAACUUGGCCUUUUUUCCUUCCUAUGGAAGAUGUCUUGGUUCAAGGAUCCAUGCUUGUGAACAGAGGGGUAAGUGUUCUCCAAAGAAUGACUGAAUCAAUUGAAAAGCAAAACAUCACUAACAUCUUCAAGUCAUUUACCAUUCAUUGUCAUUUACAUAACAUUUAAUUUGUUAAUGUUUAUGUCAUUUUCACUUUAUUCAUUUGAGUCACAUAUUGUGAUUGUAUAUAUUUGUUUGUGUAUUUUGUUUGUGUUUGUGGUCUUAGGACAUUAAAAUACUUAAUAAACAACAAAAACCUUAAAAAAUGUUUGUGUGGACUGUUGGAUUUGAUUUGAGCUUUUAGACUUAGAAUUAGGCAACAUCCCCUAUGCAAAAGGACUUGGCCAAUGCAAACAUUUAUGAGACAAAGUUAUUGUGAUUUAAGCUUUCAUCUGAUGCAAGUAUUGAAAACCACUUGAAUUCAUCUGCUACAUGGUCUGGAUGCAACUAUUAUUUUGAUCUGGUACCUAAUGCCUUAUUCUCAGUUAAUCAAGGAAUAUUUCAUCUGGUGCAUAAGAAGGCAAAGAAGACUACUAGCUAUUGUAUUUGCAUGCUUGGGUAUGACCAUCUUUAUUUGAUGCCUUGCUUGACAUUGCUAAUUGCUUGCUGAUUAUUGCUUGAUUCAGAGUCCAAAGGGAAAAUGGGUUUUCUAUAUGACAUUCUUGUCUGUUGGAUUGCAUCCUAUUGGUCAGAUCUUUUUAACUCUUAACUUUUAAUUUUAUGCUUAGGAUUAGUCUCUUCAUCUCCUUCCACUUCUUAAAUUUCAAAAUCUCUCCCCUCAUUUUAAAAUAUUCUUUGCUUGUGAUUUCAAAAUUUAGACUUUAUUUCAAAGUAGAAACUUUGGCUUUAUGCCAAUGAAUUUUUAAACUCCUUUUCUUAAAUCAAACUAGUAAAUAAAUAUAAUCAUAUUGACUUAAAAUUUCUAAAAUACAAAAAGAACUAACACCCAUCCAAACUUUUAGGCCCUUUGUGUCUCUUUUAAACUUAAACUUUUGUUAAAACCAAUCCACUCAUUUUGAAAUUGAUGCCACGAACUACGAGGUUUUGAUCCCUCAUUUUUAUGUUGGCACGUAGGCACAAGUCUGAAGGUUUUAUCAAACACAAAAAUAAAUUAAUGAAUUCUUUUCUCAUCCCCACUAUCUAUUUGUUGCAAACAUCUUUUAUAUCAAAAACACUUACACACAUAAAAAAAGGCUCCCUAGGAGUACUUAGGACACUUUGGGUGCUAACACCUUCCCUCUGUGUAACCAACCCCCUUACCUGUAAUCUCUAGCAUUUUAUUAGUUUUAAUUUUAAAACUUCUUAUCUUUGGGUUUUGUUCGUACUUUUCCCUUUUCCUUUGAAAAUAAUAAAAGCGCGGUGGCGACUCUGGUUUUAUUGACGUUAAAUUUAUCUAUAGCUUAAUGGUCAUGAAUUUACCGCUAUAAACUACCUUUCACAUUAACCUGCCUCGUCAGAGAUGAAGAGGACGACGGUCUACGGUGGCCGCCACCGUCUUCACUGGCCAUACUCAUCAGAAAACCACCCAGAUCCAAAACGAAACAACACCAACUCUCUCUAUUUUUUUGUCUUCUACUCAAUUUCGGCCUCCAAAAAAGCAACAACUUCACCAAAUGGUCGGAUCGGGGGACCAGGAUUCUACGAACCUUUACUCACAAAAACCAAUAAAUAUCAACAUAAACCUUGUUUAUUUCACACUCGUAAACACGAUUUUGCAAUCAAAACACCCAAAUAAUCAAGCAAAAUACAAGAAUAACCCUUAGCCCCAAAUUCCAAACCCUAAACCCCGUAUUUCAAUAACUCAUCGCCAUUACAUGUUUCAAACGGGAAUGAAAAUGCGAAAUAACAAGUGAAGUAAAGGUUCAACAAUAAAUCAAGUUCAAUGAAGGAUCUACCAAGCUCGAGUGCUUCAAGUGAUAUCUAGGUAAAUCUCAAUCUCUCUGCUUUGCUUGCUUCAAUACCGCCCUCUCCUUCUUCUCUUUGUUUGGGUGAUGCUUUUGUACGUGUGUGGCUAGGCGUGUGGGUUUUGUGUAACUCAGAUUGUAUGAGAUUUGGGAUCAGGGAUCAGGUUGGCUAGUGAUAUGUGUGAACAUGUUUGAUCAAGGGUGAGGAUCGAUUUGGAGUAUAUUUUCUGUUGGUUAUGAAUUCCAAUUUCAUUUAGUUUGUGUUUGUUGAAACUUAAAUGAAAUAAGUUGGAAUUUGAAUUUGUUUUUUAUUGUAAACGUGAAUUUGAGUGGUGCCAACUUUGUGGUGUAUGUAUGUUCAAGUAGUAUGUAUCAUGUAUAUUGAGUAUGAUUGAUGUGCAUUUGCUCUAACUGGUUUUAUUUUUGUA